AUGGAAUAUCAAGUGGAAGAAGAAGAUGAUGAUCUCCAGCAGGAGAAGGUGGAGAAUACACAGGUAGUGGAUGAGGUCGAAACGGAGGAAAUAAAAGAGAAGGAAAGUGAGAAGGUGAAAAUGGAAGCAAUUACAGGAGACAAAGAGACAGAUGAGUACUGUUACUUACAGGAAGACAUCAACACUAGAGAACAGAAUUUAGAGACUGAUGAAGACCUGAUAAGUUUGACCCCUGUUAAGGUAAAUGCUCCCAAAACAUGGAACAAAAAGAGGGUGAUACGGGAGGCGAAGAAGAAGGAGAAGGAGAUACAUCAUUUGGUGGAGGAGAAUUAUUAUGAUGAGCUAGAAGAUGAUUGGUUUCAGGUAGUGGGAGAUGUAGCUGGAGAGGUAGAGAUAGAGGAAGAAAAAGUGAACGCGGAAAAGGAGGAUAUGUAUGAAGAGGAAGAGGUGGAGGACACAUUAGAGGAAAAGGUAGAGGAAGAAGAAGUGGAAGACGUAGAGGAAGGAGAAAUGGAAUAUCAAGUGGAAGAAGAAGAUGAUGAUCUCCAGCAGGAGAAGGUGGAGAAUACACAGGUAGUGGAUGAGGUCGAAACGGAGGAAAUAAAAGAGAAGGAAAGUGAGAAGGUGAAAAUGGAAGCAAUUACAGGAGACAAAGAGACAGAUGAGUACUGUUACUUACAGGAAGACAUCAACACUAGAGAACAGAAUUUAGAGACUGAUGAAGACCUGAUAAGUUUGACCCCUGUUAAGGUAAAUGCUCCCAAAACAUGGAACAAAAAGAGGGUGAUACGGGAGGCGAAGAAGAAGGAGAAGGAGAUACAUCAUUUGGUGGAGGAGAAUCAUUAUGAUGAGCUAGAAGAUGAUUGGUUUCAGGUAGUGGGAGAUGUAGCUGGAGAGGUAGAGAUAGAGGAAGAAAAAGUGAACGCGGAAAAGGAGGAUAUGUAUGAAGAGGAAGAGGUGGAGGACACAUUAGAGGAAAAAGGUAGAGGAAGAAGAAGUGGAAGAGGUAGAGGAAGGAGAAAUGGAAUAUCAAGUGGAAGAAGAAGAUGA